AUGGCCGUAACCGCAUUCCCCACCGAGGGCUCUCCAGAUCUCGCCCUUCUCAAUGUUGCCCGCUUGUUCACCAGACUCGAGCACAAUCUCCUCUCCCCGGGGACAGACCGGCGCACCUUCCAAUCAGAAUACCAGCGUAUGCGCGUGAACAAGAACGUUGAAUAUGCCCGCUCACUCCUCACCCAACUCGAGCGCUCCCUCCCACAAAUCAAACCCCUCGACCGCAAGCACGAAGCACAAUCCGAGAUCACGCGCGACAAACAGCUCCUGAAGCGUAUCCAGAUCAUUCUCGACGAAGAAGACGCCAAAGCCGAAACGAAGGAAGAUGAAGACGAAGAGACCGACGACAUCGAUGACGAAUGGAAGGAGCUGUUCUCCAAGCCCGUCACCGAGAAAGCUACAUCACCCGUAUCCGGACCCAAAGCCCAGCGGACACCGACACAAUCAUCCCAUUCGCAACGAGAAGUAAAGGGAAGGAGCGAAGCGCAUCAACCCAUUACAUCCGUAACGGAGACUACAAUAACUCCAACACCCGUCCCCUCAUCAACAAGCCCACCAGCGCUGCCAACCCUCCGAAAUCGCCACACAACUCAACCCGCACCGCCGUCUACGGAAAAAGCAGCGGCGACAGGAAACAAUACGAACAAGCUCUCUGAAACGGAAGCCGAACUGAGCACCCACAGAAUGGAACAGGAAGAUCUUACUAGCUCGCUCCUAACGCUCGCUUCGCAAUUGAAAUCCUCCUCGCAAAGCUUCCAGGCAACGCUGGAGGGAGAGAAGUCUGCUUUGGACCGCGCGGUGUCGGGUAUCGAUCGCACGAGUACCACGAUGGAGGCGGCGGGAAAGAGGAUGGGGAUGUUGCGCAAGAUGACCGAGGGGAAGGGGCUGUGGGGGCGGAUGAUGCUGUAUGCGUGGAUUUUCGGGUUAUGGGUUGUUGCCAUUCUGAUUGUUUAUGUUGGGCCAAAGUUGAGGUUUUGA